UCUUUGAGCUCAGUCAGACCAAUUAUUCUUUUAUUUCUUAUCUGUUUCUGCAGCUGAGCUUGUUCAAAGUCUCUUCCAUUAUUCAUUUAGCCCUGACAGCCUCUCACUGCACCGCUGCUCUGGCCUCAUGUCAGUGUCCUUGCAUUGACAGGCAGCUGGAAAGGUCACUGACGAGUGGGGUUUUCCACGAAUGUCCCGGCCUGCGUCACAGUGCGGGAAGACUUUGUAGUUAGGCGGAGCUGUGAGCUGCUGGACGGACGUAGACCAGAGUCAUGGCCUCCGGCAAGAACAAGAACCAGACCUCUCUGGCUCUCCACAAGGUGAUCAUGGUGGGCAGCGGCGGAGUGGGAAAGUCCGCCCUCACCCUGCAGUUCAUGUACGAUGAGUUCGUGGAGGAUUACGAGCCCACCAAAGCCGACAGCUACAGGAAGAAGGUGGUCCUGGACGGUGAGGACGUCCAGAUUGACAUCCUGGACACAGCGGGUCAGGAGGACUACGCUGCCAUUAGAGACAACUACUUCCGCAGCGGAGAGGGCUUCCUGCUGGUCUUCUCCAUCACAGAGCAGGAGUCCUUCUCGGCCACGUCAGAGUUCAGGGAGCAGAUCCUGCGGGUGAAGGAGGAGGAGGCCAUCCCUCUGCUCCUGGUGGGGAACAAGUCGGACCUGGAGGAGAGGCGGCAGGUUUCUGCCGAUGAGGCCACGGCGAGAGCGAGCGAGUGGGGGGUUCAGUACGUGGAGACCUCGGCUAAGACGAGAGCCAACGUCGACAAGGUGUUCUUCGACCUCAUGCGAGAGGUUCGUAAGAAGAAAAUGUCCGAGAGCAAAGACAAAAACGGACCGAGUGGCAAGAAGAAGAAAAAGCACUGCUGCAUACUUUAACCUCGAGGUGACAAGGUGCCAAAAUCAGAAAAAAAACAAAACAAAAAAAAAACAAAGACGGAAAGAGCCGAUCAAUCAGCAGCUUCACA